GGGUAAUUUAAGGUAAUAGGCAACACUUGUGGCGCAAUGUCUAGUUACUGGAGUAAGAGAAGAAGGAUUGCUAAAGGCGUUGAAUCAGACUUACUGAGUAUAGGCCUAACUUCUUCAGCAGAGUGUGGGGGGGAAGGGGUGUCAUAUGAAGUGACUGAGGUCCAAUUUACUCAUGGGGGCAGUGGGGUAGAACCCCUACCAGGACAUAGUGCCCAUUCAGGACAGAGCAGUGGUGGAGUUAGUGAGCAGGUCCAUUCAGGACAGAGCAGUGGUGGAGUGAGUGAGCAGGUCCAUUCAGGACAGAGCAGUGGUGGAGUGAGUAAGCAGGUCCAUUCAGGACAGAGCAGUGGUGGAGUGAGUGAGCAGGUCCAUUCAGGACAGAGCAGUGGUGGAGUGAGUGAGCAGGUCCAUUCAGGACAGAGCAGUGGUGGAGUGAGUGAGCAGGUCCAUUCAGGACAGAGCAGUGGUGGAGUGAGUGAGGAUGAACAGUCCAGUGAACAUGCACAUGACAGUGAUGGCAGUGAGGAAAUCUGUUCUUCAGGCGAAGACACACGAAGUCACCUUGCUCAAUGGGCAGUUAGGAGAAGGAUAAGCCAUGCUGCUUUGGCAGAUUUAUUAUCUUUUCUCUCUGGAAAAUUGCAUGGCUUGCCAAAAAAUCCUAGAACGUUACUAAAAACAAAAACCACGUAUCAUGUUAAAAAUAUUUCAGGCGGUAGCUACUAUCAUUUUGGCUUCGAUCAUGGCAUUUCCUCUCAUCUUGCUAACAAAAAAACUCCUUUGACUUGCCCGUCUUUAACAAUCCAAGUGAACAUAGAUGGCCUGCCCCUCUAUAAAAGCUCAAAUGCACAGUUCUGGCCUAUUUUAGGGCUCAUUGAGUGUUUUGAGAAUCGGGUACAGACAAACAGGGAGCCAUUUGUUAUCGGGAUCUACUUUGGAAAUCAGAAACCUACAACACUAGAGUUUCUAGAUGAGUUUGUCAGUGACGCACAUGUUCUUGAGAGAGAUGGCUUUUUUUACCAGGGUGCUUCUAUCGCUAUAGCAUUGUCAGCAGUGGUCUGUGACGCGCCUGCACGGGCAUUUAUCCGAAGGUCAAAGGGACACACUGGGUUCUACAGUUGUCACAAAUGCCAUCAAAAGGGAGUGACAUACCAAGGAAGAAUGACCUUUCCACAAUCAGAUGCACCACCUAGACUGGACAGCGAAACAUUUGAUGAGUUUAGUGAUGAGCAGCAUUUCACAGGAUUUAGUCCAUUCAAUCUUUUGUCAGUUGGAAUAGUCACACAGUUUCCUCAUGACUAUAUGCAUGUGGUGUGUUUAGGGGUAGUGCGGAAACUGUUAUACUUCUGGAUGAGGAAGCCAUUGCACACUCGAGUAGGUACAGCUGUCGUGCAGGAGGUGUCAACUACGCUUUUGGGUUAUCGCUCAUAUUUCCCCAUUGAAUUCAACCGGAAGCCCCGAACUCUUACUGAUUUUGAGAGGUGGAAAGCUACUGAGCUUCGCUCAUUCCUGCUAUACACUGGGCCAGCUUGCUUAAAGGGCAGAGUACCAGCAGCAAUUUACAACAACUUCAUGUUGCUGUCUGUGGCCAUGACUAUUUUACUUAGUGUAUCUUUAGUGGGAGAUUAUGCUGACUAUGCACACAGUCUACUCUUGGCAUUUGUGAAACACUGCAACCAACUGUAUGGUAGGGAGUACAUUGGGUACAAUAUGCAUGCCUUACUCCACCUCAGUGAGGAAACAAAGACAUAUGGAGCGUUAGACAACAUAUCCUGCUUCCCUUUCGAAAAUUUCCUCGGCCAGCUAAAAACAACGAUCCGGAAGCCCAACAAGCCCCUAGAGCAGGUCAUUCGUCGCUUGUCUGAAAAAAGGUUUAAGUCCAGUGAGUGUCUAAGUAUCGAGUCAGGCCUAACAAUGGAACAUUACAGUGGCCCUGUACCACCGCAUCUUACUGCCAUAAAACAAUUUAAAAGAAUGCAUGUUCAGAGGGUCAUCAUUCAGGUCUCAACAAGUGACAGUUGUGUGGAGUUAGCGGGGGGAAGGAUAGUGGUCAUCGAAAACAUCAUAGUUGACAACAAGGCAGAAGUGCACAUAGUGUUUAGGUCCUUCUCAAAGCUCUGCAACCUCUUUAACUACCCACUCGAGUCAUCUGAAGUUGGCAUCUACCAUCUGUCUGCCCUGACACCUCAACUGCAUCACACUCUAGCUGCACACAUAGAGAGAAAAUAUGUCCUCCUUCCAGUUAAGGAUGGCUUUGCUGGGCUACCAAUGUUGCAUCAGUAGGAUUGCUGUUUUUUAUGUUGGUGUAAGUGUUCAAAUCACAAUUUUGUUCAGGUGAUAUAUUCAGGUUUCCCAUCUCAUUUAGGAAAUGCUGUAGCUGUAGGAAUUGAUUAUUAAGAUGCCUUGGCAAGCCCACUUAAGUGUAACUAUUUCUUCUUUCCACAGAAAUGUAUGUAGUCGUUUCCUUCCCCGCGGAGGGCUUGUUUUUUGUGGUGCCUGUUUCAUGGCUCAUAGAAGAUAAAUGUUACUGGCCUCCCUUUAAAACACUGGACAAGGUAAAAAAGGCUGCCCUACAAAAUGAAACCCCUGACCCCAACUGUUGGACACUUCAUCCAGUUGAGGUGCUUAAAGUUAAAGACACAUACGAAAAGGCCCACGGCCACUACCUUAAAGCAAAAAGAGGAGAGAAGCUGGAGACAGAUGAGGAGACCAUGAAAAGAAAAAGAAAGCCAAACAUGAAAUUCAUCCAAUCCAGUGAUGAAGAAGAUGACCGUCCCUAUUUCCCUCCGGCUCCAAAAAUUCGGCGACUGCCAGAGAAAAUUUCUGUACCAAAUUCAGAGUUUACCAGUCAGGCACCACAGGUCCCAACCACCACCACCCUGCCUCUACCACCACCACCACAACUCCU